GUCAUUCUCUUCCUCCAUGGCGGCGGCUUGUGCUCAGAAUGCUGGUGCCGCGCAAUGCCAGGGAUUUUCGCGAUUGUCGCCGCUGGGAAGGAGAUGUAGCUCUGGAUCUAGGGUGUUCUUGUCGCAGCGUGGAUCCAGAUUGAAAGCCGUGGCUCUGGCGCACGCUGUUGUCCAGGAGCGAUCGCAUUUGGAAUCGAUGCGCUCUUCUUCGUCGCUCCAGCAGCGAACGCUCGAUUUCGUCAAGUAUCACGGCCUGGGAAACGAUUUCAUACUGGUCGACAAUCGUGAUUCCUCGGCUCCAAAAGUUUCUCCGGAGGAUGCGAUCAAGCUCUGCGAUCGAAACUUUGGCGUGGGAGGCGAUGGUGUCAUCUUUGCUAUGCCGGGAACCCAAGGCUGCGACUACUCCAUGCGGAUCUACAACUCCGACGGCAGUGAGCCAGAGAUGUGUGGAAAUGGGAUUCGUUGCAUGGCUCGUUUCGUGGCACGGCUGGAAGGAACUCUAGAACCUCGAAGCUACAAGAUACACACUCUUGCUGGAACAAUUAUUCCCGAGCUUCGUCCUGAUGGACAGGUUGCAGUGGAUAUGGGACCUCCUACGCUGAAAGGUGCCGAGGUUCCCACAAAGCUUCCGGUUAAUGCCGACGGCGCAGUAGUGAAGCAACCGCUGGUUGUGGAUGGAAAAACCUGGCUCGUCACUUGCGUGAGCAUGGGUAAUCCACACUGUGUGACAUUUGGGGAGCAAGAUGCUAAAGGGGAUCUCGAGGUGAAUAAGCUGCCCUUGGAGAAGAUUGGACCUCUUUUCGAGCACCAUGAGGUUUUUCCUGCAAGAACAAAUACUGAGUUUAUCCAAGUGUUGUCCGAUACUCACCUCAGGAUGAGAGUGUGGGAGAGAGGCGCAGGUCCGACCUUGGCCUGUGGAACUGGAGCUUGCGCUGUCGUAGUAGCGGCAGUCUUGGAAGGACGAGCACAAAGGAGAUGCGUUGUCGAUCUUCCGGGUGGUCCACUGGAGAUAGAGUGGAAAGAAGCAAACAACCACGUCUAUAUGACCGGGCCUGCGAAGCCAGUGUUCUCGGGAAUCGCUUAUCUGGAUUAAACAAUCGCCAUACGUACCUCUCGACUAAAAAAUCCUCCUACGAGUCAAGCAGCAACAAUCUCUCGGGCCAGCCACUGCAUGCCCGGAUACGAGAAGUAGAGCACCAGGUAGCAAGGCACCGCGAAGACCAGCGUCACCAAGCUGUAGAGCACCAGCACGAGAGCGCUGAAGGGCAGGACGUAAAACACCAGGAAGAGCAGCAAGAUCAUCGGUGGCAGCUUGGAGAUCACCUGGGCGAUCAGCCGGAUGAGCUUCAACACCUGGUCGGCAUUCCACUCGUCGUGGACGAUCUCGUGCCAGACCCGGCGCUGCUGCAAGUUAAGCCCGAUCUGCCACACGUCGCUCAUCCUCCAGGCGCCCUUGUCCAGCCUCCGGCUCGCCGGGACGUGAUCCUCCGGCUUGGAGCACUCGGUGGUAGCGGCCGAGGAGCUGCCCCUCGCGGCCUCGACGAUGGAGAGGAGGAAGAAGUUCUUCGCCGGGAAUUUGAGGCGGCCUCCCUUCCAGGAGAGGCGGAGCGUGAGGAACUGGCACCAGGGGCACGGGACGAGGAGAGGGAGCUGGAGCUGGAGUGGCUUGAUUGUCCCCCACUGGAGGCCCAUCAAGCACGUCUUGCACAGGGUGUGGCCACAGAAGAGAACGUAAGGCGUGUGGUCGCCGCCAUUGAAAUUCUCCCAGCAAA